UAACUACCUGCAUGGUUAGCCCAUUUAACCUAACCUAUGAAGCGCAGCGUUCCUCCGAGUUCAGGCCCCUGUCCCAUCCAAUCACUACCGGUGCCCAAUUGGUGGUGCCGGCGACAACGGCGGCGAUGCGGCUGCUCUCCGGCGCCUCGGCCUCCCGCCUCCCCUUUUUGGCGCGGGCAAGGCCUAGAUGUGUGUCGCGCUAUUCCUCCGCCUCCGCUUGCCGGGCCGCCUCCUCGUCAGCUGCCCCCGUCGGUGACGGCGGCGCGCGGAAGCCGUGGCUGUUCGUUGGGCUCGGCAACCCCGGGAAGAUGUACCAGAGGACUCGCCACAACGUUGGAUUCGAGAUGAUUGAUGCUAUAGCAGAAACAGAGGGUGUAUCACUCAGCAGUAUGCAGUUCAAGGCAAUGAUCGGCAAAGGUCGUAUUGGAGAUGUUCCUAUCAUGCUUGCCAAGCCGCAAACAUUUAUGAAUGCAAGCGGUGAGUCUGUUGGGCAGCUGGUUUCAUAUUUCAAGAUACCACUUAAUCAAGUCGUUGUGAUGUACGAUGAUCUGGAUUUGCCCUUCGCGAAAUUGCGUCUACUGCCAAAAGGUGGACAUGGCGGGCAUAAUGGGAUGAGAAGCAUUAUCAACCAUCUCAAACAGAAUCGUGAUUUUCCACGUCUAAGAAUUGGCAUUGGACGACCACCUGGGAAGAUGGAUCCUGCCAACUUUGUUCUCAAGCCAUUCACCAAAAAAGAACAAGAAGAGCUUGAUUUCACAUUCCAUAGGGGCUUGGAAGCAAUAAGAAUAAUGGCACUUGAAGGAUUCAACAAGAGCGCUACUUUCGUGAACACUGCCCAAUCAUCCGAAAUGCUGAAUAGAUGACAAACCAAUUGAUUCAUUUUCUGCGCCAAAGAAAUUUGAGUUCCAAGUGAUGAAUUAAAGUCAAGGAGCUAGAUAUGGGUUUUCAGUUAUUUGUGUUGCGGCCAUCUUUCCUGUAAGAAGACCCCACCCUGAAAAGUGAAGCUUUAUUUGUUCAUAUACUGCAAUUUUUGGAUGAUAAUAAUUUAUGUGUACCAGCAACGUGAAACAUUGUGAACUACUCUCUGUAUCAAAAUAUAAGAUGUUUUUGUAGGCUAGGGUACAGAGGUAGUAAUCGAUGUCAUAACAUUUGAGUUUAUGUAUACCUGUUGCUGCCA